AUGCGACCACGUGAGCCCGCGGCACGCUUCCUUUGGUCAGAGAGCAGCCAUGGACAAGUGGAUCUUGCUAUGCGUCGGCGACGAUCAUGGCCCGGCACCAAGCAGAAGAUCGUCAUCCGACUGUGAUGGCGAACACAAGGCAACUUCAACUUGCAGCACGUACUUCGCGGGACAGCAAACAUAGUUUUAUGGCAAAUUCAAGCCCCCACCCCUUUCAGUCCGACUUUCGCUCACGGUGUCAACGCUUGCCGGUGCUACCUACUUCCACAGUAUCAGUGCGAUUUGAGCGUAACUUCUCAGUCUGCUAGGACUAUAGGUACAAGAGCUCAAUCAAGUUACCGUGCGCCAUGUCCGAUCUUCUCAUGGCUUCAAUCUUGAUCCUCUACAUGAAGAAUAUCGGUCUUGAUGAUCGUUUCCGGCAGAGGGAUCUCCAGAUAUUCCACUGUAUGAACACGACAUCUCUUAAGCAGA